AUGGAGGUAGAAGCAAUUGGGGACGAACUACAGUUAGCGUUUCCUCGCUGGAAUCCGAUUAGACGACGGUUCAACCCGGAUUCCCCCUUCUUCGCUGCUGGGAACGUUGAAAGAGAACUCCUCGCCAAGCAGGUUGCACUGGAUUUGAGUGAAGAAGAUAAGCAUCAACUUCGCAGCUUUGAAGACCUGGAAAACAGCAAAAUAUAUUGUCCGGUCGUUGGUUGUGGCGCGCUAUUGAGGUCUUUGGACGACUUUGAAGAUCACUACUCUUCGAGACACUCAGCAUCUUGUUCAGUUUGCUCAAGGGUUUACCCUACCUCCCGCCUGCUAAGUAUUCAUGUUUCUGAGGUUCACGACUCUUUCUUUCAGGCAAAGGUCGCCCGUGGUUUUCCAAUGUACGAAUGUCUUGUUGAAGGCUGUGGUCUGAAGUUGAAGAGCUACAAGAGUCGACAGCAGCAUCUGGUCGAUAAACAUAAAUUUCCGGUUUCAUUUGAAUUCUACAAGAAGAAAGUACAUCCAUCCAAGAGACAUAGGCGAAGGAACCUGCAUAAAAAAGUAUUGAGAAAGACGGAGACUGAUGGUUCAAGUGGUGAUAUGCAGAUAGAGGAAGAUACCAUGGAUGAGCUUGUUUCAUCUGUUUCUAAGUUAAGCACUUCGGAGUCUCCUUCGUCCAUAAGCUUUGGCCGUCGGCAUACUCGUGGGUUGACUUUUGUUCCUCGAGCGGUUCAAAAACCUGAAGCAUCUGCCAAAAUGAAGAGUUGGAUGUGUGCAGUGCAGUAG